UUCCCCUUUUUCUUUGUCCGUCACGAGUGGGCGUCUGCACUUUGAAUCUCUUGAAAACUUUGAACGCUCAAUGGCGACUUGGCGCAAGUUCGGCGCAGCCGCGAUCGCGGCUUUCGCCUUUUCGACAUUUUGCCACUUUCGCCACAGCGGUCUAGUCGGAAACGGCGACCCGCCUGUGCGCGCGCUCCGCCGUGGACCGGAGCCAGCGGACGACGACGACGGCGGCGGCGGGCGGGUCCAACCGCCCCGCUGCGUCACGCCCCCGGAGAGACGCUUCGACUGCGGCCGGGAUCGAGCGCUCGGUCGGCUGGAGUGCGAGCGCAGGUCUUGCUGUUACUCCCCCCUCAACGGCUCCUCGAAAGCUCCGUGGUGCUUCUACCCCCGCGCGUACCCGGGCUACCAAAUGGGCGUCCUGACGCCCACCCGGCGAGGUCGGGCGGCCACCCUGAGCCGCGCGUCCUCCUCCUACCUGCCGCGAGAUGUCGCCACCCUGCACCUGGAAGAAACGCGACAUUCCGCGUCCUGCCUGCGCCUCACGUUGAAGGAUGCAUGGUCCGAGCGCUACGAAGUGGAGCUGCCUGGCGGAGUUCCUCAGGGCAAAAGCAGCAGCAGCAGCAGCCGAGACGCCCUCUACACCGUCGAGUACCAGGCGGACCCGUUUGGAUUCAUCGUGAGGCGUGCAUCCAACGGAAGGCCCGUCAUGAACAGCACGGUGGCUCCUCUCCUGUUUGCCGAGCAGUAUCUGCAGCUGUCCACCACUCUGGCGUCCUGGCUGGUCUCCGGCCUCGGGGAGCAUUACACGUCCCUCCUCCUGGACCUCAACUGGACCUCGUUGACCCUCUGGAACCGGGACAUGGCACCUCACGCCGGUGCAAAUCUCUACGGGUCUCACCCGUUCUACGUGGUCCAGGAGGAGGACGGACUCGCGCACGGGGUCUUCCUCCUCAACAGCAACGCCAUGGAGGUGUUCUUGCAGCCUUUGCCAGCCCUCACGUGGGUGUCCACCGGCGGAGUCCUGGACCUCUUCGUUUUCAUGGGUCCCGACGCUCAGAGCGUUGUCCGACAGUACCUGCAAAUCAUCGGUCAGCCCGCGAUGCCUCCCUACUGGUCGCUGGGCUUCCACUUGUGUCGUUGGGGCUACAAAAGCACCAACGCAACGCGGGAGGUCGCUCGGCGGAUGCACGACGCCGACUUCCCCAUGGAUGUGCAAUGGAACGACCUGGACUACGCGAGCCAAGGCAGAGUCUUCACCGUGGACCCGUUGCGAUUCGGGGACCUGAAGGAGACGGUGGAGCACUUCCACCGAAGCGGCGUCAAGUACGUCCUCAUCCUGGAUCCCGGGAUCAGCGCCAGGAGUCCUCCCGGAACGUACCGCCCCUUCGAUGACGGACUCAAACGGGACGUCUUCAUCAAAAACGCCACCGGUCACCUCCUGCUCGGCGAGGUUGGACGCGGAUUCGGGUCUUUGGUGGCGCGUCGGCGUCGUACGACAAGUACACCCCCUUGUGCCUGUGUUCAGGUCUGGCCCGGUCUCACGGCCUUCCCCGACUUCACCAACCCGGAAACCGCACGCUGGUGGCAAGACUGUAUUGUGGAUUUUUAUUCCAAAGUGCCUGUGGAUGGUUUAUGGAUUGACAUGAACGAACCAACCAGUUUCGUGUCGGGCUCGACGGAGGGUUGCCCCGACACCGAGCUCGAGAACCCGCCGUACACACCUAGAGUGCUGGGAGGCCGCCUGAGCUCUUGGACGCUUUGCAUGUCGGCCCGCCAAAAGCGCUCGGCCCACUACGACCUGCACAACACGUACGGACUCACGCAAGCGUUCGCCACUCACAGGGCGCUGGUGAGAGCGCGAGGGCGGAGGCCCUUCGUCCUGUCCCGCUCGUCCUUCCCGAGCAUCGGACGCUUCUCCGGAGUGUGGACGGGAGACGUCCGCAGCGACUGGGAACAGCUGGCGUUCUCCAUCCCGUCGGUGCUGCGCUUGGGCCUCUUCGGGGUCCCCCUGGCGGGGGCGGACGUCUGCGGCUUCGGGGGCGACGCCGGCGAGGAGCUGUGCGUGCGCUGGACGCAACUGGGGGCCUUCUACCCGUUCAUGAGGAACCACAACGACCGGCCCAACGCCCCUCAGGAGCCGUUCGUCUUCGGCGCCGAGGCCCGAGCGGCCAUGCGGGACGCGCUGCGCCUUCGUUACAGCCUGCUGCCGUUCCUCUACACGCUGUUCCACCACGCCCACGCCCGCGGAGACACCGUAGCCAGGCCGCUUUUCCUGGAGUUCCCCGCCGACCCUCGCUGCCGGCGCGUCGACAGACAAUUCCUGUGGGGGAGUUGUCUCCUCGUCAGUCCGGUUUUGGAGGAGGGCGCGUCGGAGGUGUCCGCUUACCUGCCGCCCGGCACGUGGUACGACCUGCGCAGCGGGCGGCCGACGUACAGCCGAGGCGACGACGCGCUUCUGCCCGCCCCUCUGGACGUCAUCAAUAUCCAUGUGAGGGAGGGGCACAUCAUCCCCAUGCAGGAGCCCGCGCUAACGACCACGGCGUCCCGCAAGAAGGCCUUCCUCCUCACGGCGGCGCUCUCGGCGGAAGGCUCGGCCCGGGGCGACUUGUUCUGGGACGACGGCGACGGCGUCGACACCUUCCAAACGGGAAAUUACUCCUAUCUCCUCUUCACUGCCAAACAGUCGCAGGUGACCGGCGAUCCGCUCCGGCUGAACGGAGCCCUGGACGGUCUGGUUCUGGGUGGCGUGCGGGUGUUGGGCGUGCCCUCGCCGCCCCGACGCGUUUUCGCCGACGGGGAGGAAGUCGAGGAUUUUGCGUACGACGCCGACACGAAGGUCAGUCGGGGGCCGCCGACAGGCGACCUUCCCGAAGCCGACGCCGCAUUCGUUGCUUCCCGCAGGUUCUGCGAGUCGGCGGGCUGGCCUUGCCCAUGUCAAACGGGUUCCGAGUCCAGUGGCAACUCUGAUGCGACGCUUCCUCUCGCCGGCGAUGCCGCCGGAGGCCCGUUUUCACCCAAACGGCAGCUCGGUGGUCAAUGUCUCAUUUCAUAAUUGUCGUAGCUCAACUGAACUUAACGUGUACAUUUUUGCAAGUAUCUUGAAAUAUAAAAAGAUGAAAGUAUAGACGGUA